AUGGAGCCUAGUUUGUCAAUCACGUUUUCUGGUAGUCUGUUUUUCGAACCUGCCCUUGCCAACUGCCACCGCCAUCGUCAGUUUUUUGAGCGUCGCCCUAUUGCCCCCUCUAUCCUAUCCCCGUUUGAAGAGUUCCAUGAUUUAGCUCUAGAUGUCAAUGAUUUCAUUCAAAAUCUGGGAUGGGGAUUUUUACUUGGUCAGUUUUCAUCCAUGUUUUGCCCCAUCCUUGUUCGUUAUUUUUACUCAAACCUUCGCUCUGAUGGCUUUCGUUCCCGAGUUUUUUCUACCUUGUUCCAAGGCCAUCUCAUUACCAUCCCUGUUGUCGACUUGGGUCGUUUGUUAGAUAUUCCAGCUGCCGGUGAGACUAUUGCUCACGAGUCUGAGUUGUGGAGAGUCAAUUUUAAUGUUGCCGAGGAGUUUGUGCAUCUCUCGGGUGUCCAUCCUGGUCCUGCCCUGUCUCUCCCUGUCAAUGUUUUGCUGCCCUGUCUUCGAGCUUUUCAUUUUGUCCUCACAAGGGUUUUCCUUCCUCGUUUUCAAUCUUUUGACCGAGUUACUCCCUUAGACCUCUGGGUUAUGAGCCUUGCUGUUGCCCAUGUCCCUCUCAACGAUGCCCACUUGGUUUUUGGCUCCAUGCUGUCUUUUGGUGAUGUCCACUUCCCUGGCCCACUGCCAUUUGGACCCCUCAUCACCCGUCUGUUCUCUCGCCUUGCAAUUGAUCUUUCCUCUUUUCGUACCAUCUCUCCUACUCAAUAUGUGUCUAUCGACCAAAUGCUGGAUGACCUGGAGAUUGCGAUUGGGGGAGAGGUCUUUCCUGCUUCUACUGCUAUCAUUGAAGACGAUGAGGCUGAGGUAGAACCUGUAGAUGUGGAACCAGAGGAGAAUGUGGAACCAGAGGAAGAGGAUGACUCAACUUCUGAAGAUUUGUUUCCUGCAGAUCUUGUGGUUCUUUAUGAGACUGAUGAAGAAGAUUUUGGCUCUGACGAUGAAGAUCGUUUUUGA